UGAAAUAUAAACGUGCAUAUGCAUAAAAAAGAAUUUAUACAUUUCAAAAAGAACAUAUUAUAAAAUAGAGAAAAAAAAACGUAUAUAAAGAAGAAAAAUAUCCUAAACAAUCAACUCUAUCAUACCACUUGAACUACUACAAUGAACAACAACAACAACAGCAAUAUCCAAAACACCGACAGCUUCACCAUUGCCGCUCCAUGGGCACAAGAGGUGAUGUCAGGCAACAACAUGAAUGGAUGGGGAUCGCCACCCGCGCACAUCCCUAGCCGACAAGAAGGCGGAUGGCGAGAAGAACCGAUGGACGUCGACGACGAAUCAGCUAGCAGCCAGCAACCGACAACACCACCACCACCAAAGGACGCCACGGAAAACGCGUUUGAAAAAAUAGCAAGCCUUGUUCACGAGGACCUCCGUACACAUAUCGAACUUACCAAUUACUUCGCGGAAGCCUCCACUCUCUUGGCUAUGAGAGAACAUGUGAAUGAACAACUAUUACAAUUAGCAGGUCACGCAAAUAGGAUCGUAGCAAGAUGCCGCGUCCACCCUCAGCCCUACUUCUCUGAGGAUCAAGUGAGAUCCAUUGUCAUCAACACAAUCCUACAAAACACGUUCACGUGA